AGUCAGAAACAUGGUCCGGCUGCAGGUCUCACUGCUGCUGCUGCUGGCUUCACAUCUCUUCAUUACCAUUCAAGCGCAAGUUCGUGCGCCGCCAUUGUUCAACGUCGCCUCCGACAAACCGAUCACAGCCACAUCGACAUGCGGCGAGGAGACAAACGCGACGCCCUUAAGAGAGGAAUACUGUCAGCUAACGUUGACGAGAGAAGCGCAGAGCGAGACGUGCGGCUACUGCGACGCAUCGCGUGGCAACGAAGAGCACCGCAUAGAAUUCGCUGUCGACGGUGGCGAGAAGUGGUGGCAGUCGCCGCCUCUGUCGCGUGGCGAGCCUUUCCAUGAGGUCAACAUCACGCUCAACUUGCUGCAGGAGUUUAACAUCGCCUAUGUCAUCAUCACCGCUGGAAAUUCGCCUCUUCCUGGUCACUGGAUCCUCGAACGUUCGACUGACAACGUUGUAUACAAGCCGUGGUAUUAUUUUGUUGUGAGUGGGGGAGAUUGUCAAAAGUUGUAUGGCGUCCCGGCUGAUUCUGACAUCUUGAGUGAUGAUACUGUCAUAUGCACAGCAAGGUACUCUCAACCUGUGCCACUUGUAGACGGAGAGAUGUUUCUGUCAUUGAUUAAUGGACGGCCUGGAGCGGAAGAGUCCUCUGCAUCUUUGUUGGAGUGGACGAGGGCAUCAUAUAUCCGUCUUCGUUUGCUGCGAGUGAUCACUCUCUUCGGUGACUUGAUCACACCGGAUGCAUACAAUGAUGCAUCUUUAGCACAAAGGUAUUACUAUUCGAUCAAGGAGAUUAUUGUGAGUGGUCGGUGCACGUGUAAUGGCCACAGUGAUGAAUGUCCCGAGCCUCAACUGGAGUGUGUGUGUCAACACAACACAUGUGGAAAGUCAUGUGAGACGUGUUGCGACCAAUACAAUCAGUACAGGUGGAGACCGCGAACACGAACCAACAAUGCAUCUUGUGAAAGAUGCAACUGUCACGGUCACAGUUCCGACUGCGUCUACGACGCGACCAUCGAUCGUCUCAGCCUCAGUCUCAAUCGAGACAACGAGUACAGAGGAGGCGGAGUCUGCCAGAACUGUAGUGGCCACACGGCGGGCAACAACUGCGAACGAUGUGCACACGGCUACUACCGCACUCCGGACAUGACGCGCCAACAGAUGUGCCUCAAGUGCAACUGCACGGGACCGGGUGUGCUCGACGGCUCGUGCGACGGCAACAACAACGGCCAAUGCUUCUGUAAACGUAACGUCGAGGGCUUCCACUGCGAUCGCUGCAGAGCGAACUUCUUCGAUCUUGAUGCGAACAAUCCGGAUGGGUGCACCCCCUGUGGUUGCCAUAGCAAUGGCACAUUGGUGGGGCAAUUCCAGUGUAGUAAAGAAUCGAGGUGUGCAUGCAAGGCGUUGACCGACACGUCGACGUGCAGUGAGUGUGUGGAUGGAACAUAUGGACUCUCGGCCAGCAACGUGUUCGGUUGCCGCUUCUGUGAGUGCGACAUCGGAGCAUCAACCGAGCCGUUUAACUGCAACAAAGGAAAGGGAAAGUGUCAGUGCCGUCCGGGCAUCGAAGGAAAGCGAUGCCACCGUCCGAGCCGAAACACCUGCCUACCAUCCUUCCACCGUACGCAUCGAUACGAAGCCGAGCAAGGCACGUACACGUUUUUCAACACUCCGUUUGCAUAUAACGAAUCUGAGUUUCCCGCCUUCUCGUCGUUCGGCUAUGUAAUUCUACACCCCGACUCUCAGUUUUCCAUCACCGUGAGUCCUGAAAUUACAAACGCCGGCGACUACCUCGUUGUCGUUCGUUACCUUCUCGACUCUCGAGCGAAACAAACAGCGAUGGUCACCGCACGUGCCGACGGCGUGUCGGCCGUCCAGUCUCGGACCGUCUCAUUGUCGGUGACCGAGUUCUCAUCAAUCGGACCGUUUGUGAUGACUCCGGGGGCGUGGCACAUCACGAUUACAUACGAUCGGUUGGAUCGUCUAUUGGUCGAUUAUAUCGUUUUAUUACCGGAAAUAUAUUACAAUCCGACUAUCCUCCAUUCGGCCGUCUCUCAGAUGUGUAUGCUUGGGACCGUCAAUUAUCUCUGUCGUGAGUAUGCGUAUCUGAGUCUCUUGCUCUACCCCGGGAAGUCGACUCCAACGGACAUACGGACGUCGUACAUGUUCCACGAGAAAUUGGUCUAUCCCUUCACGAAUUUCAUCCGAAGUCUUUUGGUUGUGUUCUCGUCGCUCUCACACGACAGCACGUACGCACUCGUCGUUUCGUAUUUUAGUCAAAGGGGAGAGAUACAGAGGAUGCGAGCGACUGUGGUGUCUGAUGUUACUGUGACAUGUGAUGUUAACUUGUUGCCUUGUAUGUAUGAUUUUGGGUGCCGACAGGUGGGCACGCAGCUUGGGGACUUGAUGAGGAUUGGUGUGGAAGGAGAUGGUGAUGUUACAGUGACGAUUUCUCUUCCAGAUGGUGACAUUGUUGAUGACGAUUCUUUGUUUAUUGUUUCUGUUCACUUGGUGCCGUACUCUGAAUGGAGUCCUGUGAUGAUCUUGCCGGCUUUGUAUUGCUAUCGACUGGAAGGAAGCUGCAUUCCAACCAACUUCACCUCACUAUCAAGACCAAACAAUAUCCACAGAUUCGUAGGAGAUGUCGGCUACACAAUCGAUCCCGAAACUGGAAACAAACAACGCAUCCUCGUCUCAACAAAUCGAAACCUAAACUCCCGCUCAGGAUCGACACGCGGAGCCACCGAACUGUCACCCGACCAACGACAGGCCAACAUCGAUUUGUUUAUCAUGAAUUCCGCCGACUACUACGCCGUCAUCCAUUACCACAAUCCACAAUAUCCGAGUGUGUCCCUCUUCAUCGACGUGGACGGCGUCGAGUGGUUUGUUGAGUUGCCAUUCUGUCCUGAUUUAUCGGGAUGUCGUGUUGCUACGACGACGAGUCGACUGACCGACGAGUCAGUGACGUUGAGUGUUGAUGUGGUGGGCAACAAGACGGUGUACAUCUUCUCUGUGUCGCUCGUUUCGGAUACGACGAUCGAGAAGGACGAAUACACGAAGCCUCGUCCGGUUGAUUUAAACGCUCGGUACGUCAGCGAGUGUUCAACGAAUGGAUACUUGAUUUCGUCUCGUAGCUCGGCUUUCUGUCAAGUGAGCGCACGUUCAUUGUCCGCGUUCUACCAUCGAGGAUCCGUCAGUUGUCCAUGCCAUCCGAACGGCUCCAUCUCAUCCUGCGACGCAGACACGUGCAGCUGUCGUUGCCAUGACAACAUCGUCGGUGUGCAUUGCACGAGAUGUAAAAUCGGGUUCUACGGAUUUCCCGACUGUCGACCGUGCGAGUGCACCGACGGAAGCGUGUGUGACGACGAGACGGGAAACUGUGUGUGUCCGCCUAAUGUCCGAGGUCGAAACUGCGACGUGUGUAUGAGUCGUUUCUGGAAUUUCCACUUGGUGAGAGGCUGCGUUCCGUGUAACUGCCAUCCGGUCUACUCCCAUGAUUUCAACUGUCGUAAACGUUCCGGUCAGUGCGACUGCAAGCCGGACUUCACCGGGCGGACGUGCGAUCGUUGCCUCGACGGGAAGUACAACCCACCGACAUGCGACGACUGCAACUGCGACCCACGAGGAAGCACCGCCACCACAUGUGAUCAACAAACCGGUCAGUGUACGUGUAGGACAAACAUGGGCGGACGUACGUGCAAUCGUUGUGCCUCUGGAGCGUUCAACUACUCGUCGACGAACCCGGACGGAUGCCAGUUAUGUCGUUGCGAUCCCUCGGGUAGCGUCGGUCCCGUAUGCGAUCAAACGAGUGGCCAGUGUGUCUGCAAACGUAACGUCGUUGGAUUGAAAUGCGAUCGAUGUGUGUCGUUAACGUUUCGUAUUUCCGAUGGUUCGUGUACGGAGUGUGACUGCGAUUCCGUCGGCUCGACGUCAGCAACGUGUGACAUACGAACAGGGAAUUGCGAUUGUAAGAGGUUCGUUCGUGGACGAAAGUGUGAUAGAUGCAGGAAGGGAUACUUUGGGCUCGGUAUAUCUGGAUGCAUACCGUGUGAAUGUAGUGAGUUUGGCUCGGUGGACACAAACUGUGAUGCAACGACCGGACAGUGUGAAUGCCGAGGGGUGGCGUUUGGGCGUCAGUGUGACAUGUGUGCACCUCGGCAUAUCAUCAGCGAGACCGGAUGUCGACCGUGUGGGCGGUGCACCGACGAAGUGAUGGACGAGAUCGAGACGCUCAUUCGUGUGUUGAACGAGACGCUGAUGAACGUGUCCGACUACUCGAUCAUCGUCGCCGCGUGGGACAAACUCAGAGACAUUGUAGCAAAGUACAAUGCAACACGAUCAGAAUACAUGAUCUACAACGAGCGUAUCAACAUCGCUCAACUGCUUCUCAGUACGAUACGUGGCUCGCCUGGCUCGCUCUUCGAAAAUCUUCGUCGACUACAAGAGACUGCAGACGACCUCGAAUCCGUCGUUAACUCAACAUUCACACAAAGUCAAGAAAUACUGAGAAACACGUCUCGUUCGGCAUCAGCAGCACAGACUCUGUUGGUUGACGUUGCGACUCUCAAUAACACAGUCAGUGAUGUGAUUGUCGGUCUACGAGGUUUGCGGAUGUUCCUUGAGGAGCAGAUCGCAAAUAAUAGUGUUGUGGUUGGCGAAGGGAUGAGGAUCAAGGCGUUGAUUGAUAGUCGGAAUUUUAGUGAGCAACGAGUUGCUAUUGGUGAUGCGAUUCGUGAAGCGAAUGAGACGUUGGUGAUUGCGUUGGAGUUGAUGAAUGCUACGAGUUUGCUUAUUGGGAGAGCUGAGGAGUUGGUGAUGCGGUUGAAUGAGACGGAGAGACGGUUGCUUGAGGCGAGGGAGUUGGGGGAGAGGGCGCGCAUGGUGGUUGGUGUGGUUCGGGGAAAUGUGGAUGAGAUUGAAAGGAACCUGGAUAAUGUGACGAGACAACAUGCCGUAUUGGAAUCAACAAGUGUUGCCAUAAGUCGAGGAAUAGUCAAUGCAGAAUCAGUAGCAAAGGAAGCUGCAGAAUCGAUAAGAAAUGCAACUUUGGCUCACAAUAACGCAAGUCGACAAUCCAGGAACUUACGACUAACGUAUCAGACAGCAAAUAUUGACGCAUUUGCCUACCGAAGAGCCGUGGCCCAAGUGGAACCAAACGUCACCAUAGCAGAUCAAUAUUCACACCAAUUGCGACGAAGUCUGUUGCCCGUUGAGAGGGAUUUUCGUCGAGUGUCUGAUGACGCACGAGGUGUUUCUGCUGUGGACUAUAAUGUGAUGAAUGAAACAAGCACUGCAAUGGGGUGUCUAAAUGAGACUGAUACAAGGCACAACGAGACAGCAUUCAGUGUUCUCCUUACUAAAGCUGUUGCAUCAUUGAAGAGAAGUUUCGAUCUGCGGACUGCAGGGCAAGCUAUCGAGCCUAGAGUGAAAGCAAUAACUGACUCUCUGGAUGAUGUCGAUUCCGACAUCAACAACUUACGAGGACAAGCCAAUUCUCAACGUAGCGAUUUACAAUCCAGCAGCGGCAUCGUUGAUCAAGCCAUUGACCAGGUGCAAGGAUUGAGGUCAGGGAUUUCAGACGUGGAAACAGGCCUUGAUGGUUUGACUCAGAGUUUGGAAAAGACGGUGAAUGUGUCAAUUCCUGAGGCAAGACAGAAUGUCACUCUGGCAGGACAGGGACUCAGAAGGCUGCUGGGUGAUCUGACGGCAGUUAAUCUGAAGGAAAUAAAUGACACUGUCAAGCGUCUGCCACCAUUGGUAAACACUCGCAGAACAUUAAGGAACACAAUCGAUCAAAACCUUGACAAUCUAGACAAAGCACUAGGUGCAUUGGAUGACCGUGCGGACGACAUGUUAGACAAGAUACAACAAGCCUUACGUCAUGCUCAACGGGUGAUGUUGCCUGUUGGGUUUGCAAGUGGAGGUGCUGCAGGGAGUGGGGCAAUUUCUGUGUCGCCUCCGAAGUCUGUUGCUAUUCCUGGGGCGAGUACUGACGUGUUGGUGACGGUGAAGAGAGGCUCGGAAGAUGGGCUGUUGUUUUAUAUGGGAGAAAAGGAUGAGGUUGCUGAUCGAAGAAAACGACAGACGGGUACCUCCCACGAUUUUCUAGCCAUCGAACUCCAAGAUGGUCGACCUGUAGCAACCAUAAGUGUCGGUGGCAGGCGCAUCGACUUGAGAACAAACGUACAACUGAACACAGACAACUACUACAGGAUCACCUUUAAGAGGUUGGGCAACAAGGCAAUGUUGACAUCGAGGAAUCUAGAUGCUGUUGGUGCUGAUGACAUGGCUAGUCAGCCUAUUAACAGCUCCAACUACUUCUUCAACGUUGGCCUGGAUGGCAAUGUUAUAGUCGGUGGUGUCCCAUCUGAUUAUGAUAACUUACCAUCCGGUGUGUCUACAGCCCCGUUUGUUGGCUGUAUUGAUCGAGUGGUUGUUAAUUCUGUUGUCCUUCCUCUGUAUGAGUUUACAAAAGCAGAACAAAAUACGAUUACAACAUGUCAAGGAGAAGCCCGAAGCAAAGAACCUAUAGUGGGCACAGCUGGAGUAUUCCUUGUUGGCCUCGGCUACAUUGGCUUGAGUAGCAGCUAUUUGGCUGAAGAGGAAGCUGGAGACUUCAGUUUAGAUUUCAGAACUCUGACGACUUUCCAAUUGAAUGGCUUAUUGUUUUAUGCAUUCAAUCGCAACAGAUUUCUAUCCCUGGAGGUCAAAAACGGUUUACUUCUCGCUCAGUUCAACAACGGCGGUCAAACUGUGCAAGCAACUCUGUCCGGCGUCUCUCUCCCCGAAGGAAUAACAGUAAUCUCUCUCACACACAACAACAAAGCAGUAACCAUCAAAGGAGGCCUCAACAGCAACACAUCAGACAGCUCAUCAGUGACCAACCCAGUGACAUUCACGAGUCCUGCAUACUUUGGUGGCGUUCCAGAUGACGUAAAGACACCCGAUGGUGUCACCCGACGCAGCCUGCGUGCAUGCAUUGGUUCAAUACGAUCUGGAAAACUCGAUGACAAGUUGCUCCGUAAAGAAGCAAACUACACAAAGGGAUCGAACGGCUACAUUCGUAAUCAGUGUCCAUUACAGACCAUCGGUUGUGCGACGUUAGACGGAUUGGGUCAUGUGUUGAUGGAGGAUUUUAGCGUGAUGGGUGUUAUGAACUCGUACGUGUCUAUCUAUCCGACUGCAGACACUGGAAUUGUUUUGUACGACGGCAGCGAGACGGAUGCAGACGCGAGUUAUGCGUAUGUGGCUGUUGUUAAGCGACGGGUGGAGUUUGUGUGGCGUAAGGAGGGAGAGAGUGAGCAGCGUGUUAGUGGUGGUGAGGUGCCGCUUAACAAGUGGAGUAAUAUUGCUGUGAUAUUGGAGGAUGGAGAAAGAGCUCAACUUGUAGUAAACGGCUACACUACAACGUCAGACAAACCAUUCACUGACACAGAUUCCAGCAAGAGCGACGGCUUGUACAUUGGAGGCUUCGCAACUCCCAUCACAUUGUCAGGCGAACUUCUCACAAACUUUGCUGGAAGCGUCAGUGAAGUUGUUGCCAAUGGAGACCCCAUCAACUUUGCUACCAAAGAAUUGGAGUCUGUUACUAGCCCAACUAUUGCCCUUGGUGAAUGUCCUGAUCCGGUUAUUGUUGCUCCUUUGUGUGCUGCUGGUCCUCAGGUUGAGCGUGGUGCCGUUCAGUUCGAUGGGAUGAAGAGCAGCUGCCAGAAAUUUAAGCAUGCAGAUGAGCAGAUUAUCAGAACGGAGUUUAGAAUUGAGUUGGAGCUGCGCACGUUUGCUGAAGAUGGGAUUAUAGUAUUUGCAGGAAACGGCAAUCUGAAAUCGUAUCUGUACUUGCGUCUUGACGGUGGCAAACUCAAGUUUGGUUUCUCAACUACGGGAGAGAGUGUGAGUGUUGCAACCAGGAAAAACGUCAAUAAAGGGAAAUGGCACAAGGUUGUUAUAACUCGAUCUCGAAGAAAGGGUCUACUGUCUGUCGAUGGCAAGCAACAGAAAGUCAACUUACCUCCAGCCCAAAAAGUCUUCAUGCCAAUCAAGACACCUUUCUACAUCGGGAACGUGGAUGCCAAUGUCAAGCUAACCAAAAUCGAGGAUUUGAGUGGAAUUGGUCCUUUCAAGGGUUGUGUGCGGAAUUUGCAGUUUAGAGAUGGGAACGGAGUUACUCUAGAUUCAAACGAUUGGGAAUCUGUGCAAUCGUUGGGCUCUGCUAAGGACGGCAAAUGUUAUCAGAAGGUCAAGAAGGCGGCAGGAUUUAAGGGAGAGUCAUAUGCUAUAGUUGGUGAAUCUUGGAAAGUGAGCAUGCCAUUCAACUUUACAGUAAGAAUACAAACUACCACCUCAUCUGGCCUGCUGCUGUCGAUUGGUAACAAGAAACAGCAUGUGGUUGUUUAUAUCAAUGAGUCAAAGGUCACAUUUGAUGUGGCAAGAGGAAAGAACAGAAAACUACGAGCGGAAGUGACGAGUGAUGUUAGUGUGUGUGAUGGCAAACAGCAUGAAAUCAGAGCACUCGGUGAUAACACUAAGAUCAGGUUAGAGGUUGAUACUGCAGGUGCAGUGGAGGGAAAAUUGGAUACCAUGCCAGACAGCCCUGUUGUUGAGAAUUCUGUAGCAUAUAUUGGUGGCACUGAUGAAAAAAAACUCCAAUCUCGUGUCGUUCCAAUUCCUAACUACGUUGGCUGCAUUAGAACAAAUUACAUCCUGGACGUUCCGCGCUCACUGAACCAAGCCACAAACGCUGAGACACUGAACUUAGUUGAAUGUCCUGUUCCUUAAGCCUGCUGUCUACCACACAGCACAAACUAAACGACACUGUUUUCAUGUUUUUCUGGUGAAUUUUUGAUUAGGCUCGUUCAUUGGUUGUGGUUGUUGUGCAUGUUUUAUAUUUCCUCUUUAUGGUACAAGUGGUACCAGUGUGUAGCAAUUUUAAUUAGUGUGUGUGUGUGUGUGUGUGUGUGUGUGUGUGUGUGUGUGUGUGUGUGUGUGUGUUGCAAGUAUAUAUAUGUUUUGCUUUCGCAA